AUGAAAAUUGCUCGCUAUUUAUUACAGCUAUUUUUCAACUGUGCUUUUGAAUUUUUUCGAAUUUCUAAGAUUGCAAUUAAUCCACAAAUGAUUGAUUUAUUAUUUGAUGAAGAUACAACAACAAUUAAACCUUUACAAAUCCAUUCUAAAAUGGGAGAAGUAUUUCUUAAAACUCAUCAUUUAUUAAAUUUUGCUGUGAAUCAUCUGAUUUGUAAUCAUCUUAGAGUUCGUGUUUAUAAAAGUUUUUAUUCCGUCGAACGCGACACAAUUAUUCUUGAUAUUGUGUCGCCUCUUAUAUACAAAGUGGAAAAUUGUAUAGACCCCUUGAUUGAAAUUUUGAAAAAUGAAGGAAAUAAAUUUUUUGCUAUUACUUAUGACACUCUUGAUUCAAGAAUUUACAAUUCUAUUAUAAAGCAUAUUGAAACAUCACAAGAUCUUUCUAAAAUGGCGAAAAAUAUUAAAUUUGAUAUUAUGUAUGGAUCUCUUAUUUCAAGUAAAAAUGCAACAAACAUCAAAACCAAACUUAAAGAAGAUAUUAAAACAACAAAAUUUCUACUCUCCAAUGACCACAAUCCAAAAAUUAAAUUUUCUGUAUGCAUUGAAGACAAAUAUAAGCGUAUUGAUGUGAAAGCGUAUGAAUAUAACGCAAAGUGUGUGCCAGGAGUUAGAGUUGUGAUUAAGAGAAUUAAAUAA